CCUUGGAGACACGGAGGUCAUAAAAAAUCCUCUUGUAAUUAAGUCCAUAGAAAGUAAACUUCCUGAGUUCAUGAAGAGGGACUGGCUUGCUUUGGUGACUGCUCCAGAUAGUGAGGUUACAUCAGUAAAUUACUUUGACAAACUUCUUGAGUUUUUGAAGAAGGAGGAAGGAAUCCUUGAGAGACUUGAGCAGCUAAGAGUCACGGAAAAAGUGGAAAGGCGGGACAGAAGGCCUGAGAGAAGUUAUGCAUUUACUAAGUCAACAAAGAUAACUCCGUUUGAAGGUGUGUGCAUUGUGUGUGGAUCUGAGAAGCACAAAGGUAAAAUCUUCUUUUGCAAUAAAUUCAAGGAACUGCAAUUUACAGAAAAGAAGGUAAUCCUCAGGAAGCUUGGGUUAUGCAGAAGGUGUUUGGGUUAUCAUGAAGAUGACAGUAAGUGUAGAGAGAUGUUUCUGUGCAGGAGAAAGGAAUGCAAAGGAGGAGGCUCUGCAGAUCAUCAUUAUCUUUUCUGUCCCAAAGGGGAGACCAGAUCUGAACACGAAAGCAAAGUUACCAUCAAGGAGGAGAAAAAAGGAAGUAGACUAACUGUGGAACAAGAGAAAUUUCUCUCUGAGCUUUCUCCUGAAAUGGUGGAAAGGUGUAUGAAAGCAUUUACCAACAGAGCUAUGAGGGAAAGUUCCAAAGAAGGGAAACCUGGAUUGUUGGACGAAAAUGAACUUCAGGAACUUCCAGUUAUCAUGAUGCUCAAAGAGGUGACAACAAAUGCAGGACAAACAAUUGGAACUCUAAUCGAUCUGGCAUCUGACACAAAUUAUAUAACCCACAAAGCUGCCGACAGGCUCGGAUUGAGUGGAGAAGAAAUCAACCUGGUUGUUCAUGGAGUGGGUAAGAUGGCUAUCCGUGUAAGAACCAAAAGGUAUCUCCUCAGAAUUCGAGUAAGAACAUCAGCAGGAAAAGACAAAGCACAUCAACUUGUCUGUUAUGGUCUAGAAGAGAUUGCAAGAAUGCACAAGAGAGUGAGUCCACAGCAACUGAAAAAGUUCUUUCCAGAUGUUGAGUUGGCAGAACUAAAGAGGCCUGAAAAAAUAGAACUACUUCUCAGUCAUCGGGAAGGAAAGCUCGCACCACAAAGAGUAAAGAUUGUAGGAGAUCUUGUCCUUUGGGACAGCCCACUUGGAAAAAUGGUAGGUGGGGCACACCCAGACUUGUUUGAAGAGAUCCAUAUGACAGCUUAUGAGUCGAAGACACAUUUUGCAAGGUCAAUGAGAACUGCUGUGACCAGGUAUACAGAGGUCCGUGGAGAAAGUGAGCCGCUAUUUUUCUCCAAAAUCUCAAAGAAAAUUCCCUGUAUUGAUGGAAGAAGCACAUUCACAAGUGGAAAGGAAUUCCUUCAAUGGUGGAGCUGGGAUAGCAUAGGAGCUGCAUGCGAGCCGAAGUGUGGAGGUUGCUGCUGCGGGACCUGCCAGCCAGGAGGGAAAGAGAUGACUUUGGCUGAGGAAAAAGAGUUAGAAAUCAUAAAAAGUGGACUUACCUAUGUGCAAGUGGAUUCUCAUAGCGAUCGACCUCAUUGGGAUGCAAGGUACCCAUGGAUCCAAGACCCUGUUUGUCUUCCUUGCAAUCGGAGCGGAGUGGAAUCGACGUUUCUGAGAACCGAAAAACAGCUUGGGAAGGUGCCUGAGUGGAAGAAAGUUUACACUGCACAGGUUCAUGAGAUGGUUAAAAGAGAAGCUGCAGUAAAACUGACAAAGGAAGUGCUUGACAAGUGGACAGGACCGGUCUGGUAUGUAAGCCAUCUAGUUGCACCAAACCCACAUUCAGUCACCACGCCUGUGCGUCUUGUAUGGAAUAGCAGCCAGAAGUUUAAGGGAUUGAGUAUGAACGACCUUCUGUUAAAAGGACCUGAUGUGCUGAAUUCUAUCAGAGCUGUCCUGCUCAGAUUCAGGAAAGGAGUGUUUGGAGUGUUGGGAGACAUAAGGAAAAUGUAUAAUUCAGUAUGGCUGGAAGAACGAGAAAUGCAUCUUCACAGAUUUCUUUGGCGAGACGCACCCGAGGAAGAAAUAGGAGAGUACGCCAUAACUAGGGUUAACAUUGGAGAUCGUCCAGCAGGUUGUAUCGCGCAGCUAGCGAUGAGGGAGACCGCUGGAUUGGCAGCUUUUGCUCAUUUGAAGGAGGAGCGAAGAGUCCUAGAAGAAGACUGCUACGUGGAUGAUAUCCUCACAUCUCAAGAUGAUCGGAAGAAGCUGGCUGAGAUUGUCAAGGGCAUUGAGGAAAUCCUUGAAGCUGGUGGAUUCGCAUUGAAGGAAUGGGUCUGGUCUGGUCGAAGUGGGAGGUUUGGAUCUGAAAAGACAAGCAAAGUUUCAAGCCUGACUCCUGAGAGAAUUGUAACACUUCCUAAUCAACUGGUAGAGGGGGAUGAGAAAGCCCUGGGAAUUGGAUACCUGCCGGAGGAGGAUAGACUGUAUAUGAUGACUUCUGUAAAUUUCUCCAAAAGGAAAAGGAAAGUGAGGACUGAGCAGGAUCUUCUUGAAGAGGAGGUUAGGUUGAAGACACCCAAUCCAUUGACGAGGAGACACCUUUUGAGUCAAGUAGCGGGACUCUAUGAUCCACUUGGUCUAGUCACACCAGUAAAACAGAAGGGCGCAAUUCUCGUUAGAAGAGCGUUCCAGGAAGGCGGAAGUGGGUGUCUAACAAGACAUACAUGGGACUCUGCGCUCUCUGAGGGAAUCCGAAGAGAGGCCAUUGAAUUGUUUGAAGAGUAUGUGCGACUCCAUAAAAUAAAGUUCCACAGAAGUCUUACGCCUGCAAACUGGAAAGGAAAACCAUGGGGAGUCACGUUCUCGGAUGGGAGUGACAAAGCUUAUGGUGCAGUACUAUACCUCAGGUGGGAUACCAGUCAAGGAGUGGAUGUUCGCUUAGUUGAGUCUAAAUCCAAACUGACACCACUAGAACUGAAAGGAGAUCCAGUGAAAGCUGAAGUCUGUGGUGCCGUCUUUGCAAUACGUCUACGGAAAUACUUUGAAAAACAUGGACGAAUCAAAGUGGAGAAAUGGUUCCAUUUUGUGGAUAGUCAGACGGUGCUGGGAGCCAUUCACCGUGACAGCUAUGGGUUUCAAACUUUCUUUGCAAAUAGGAUUGGAGAGAUUCAGAAGACAGGGGCAACUGAUGACUGGUGGUGGAUUCCAGGGAAGCUGAACAUCGCUGAUAUUAUCACACGAGGGGCGAGCUCUAAAGAUCUUGAUGAAGACUCUAUGUGGCAAAAUGGACCUGAGUUCCUUAAAGAAUCAGUGGACAAAUGGCCGAAGAGAUCAGCAGCUGAAAUUGCUGAUAAUGCUAGAGAAAGUGUUAACAAGAUCCAAAGGAAAGUCUUCACUGCAGCAGUGACUAGAGCCCAAAUGGAGGAGAUAACUGAAGGGAAGAAGGUAUCAGCAGCUGAGAGGUCGUUUCACUGGAAGAUGCUGAGUAGACUAAUUACUGGAGGACUGGUGGAUGUCGAAAGAUUCAGUAGUCUGUCAAGGUUGGCAAGAGUCAUUGGCUGGGUAUGGCGCAGCGUGAGAAAAUGGCUUGGGAAAAGGAGUAUAAAUUCAUCAUCUGGGAAAGAAGAUAGAGUUGGAAACAGUGGAUUUGUACUGACAGUUGAGGAAAGGGAGGAUGCUUUGAAGGCACUCUUUUUGGCAGCACAAAAGAGUACAAAAUUCCCUGAGACUACACUGUGCAGACUGGUUGUGUUUAAAGAAGAAGGAACAGGACUUCUUGUGUGCAGAGGAAGAUGUGAAGCCUUUGGAAGAGAUAGACCCACAAUUCCACUAUUACCUAUGGAAGCACGAGUAUCGCUGCUACUGGCUCAUGAGGCGCAUAAUGUCAACCAUGAAGAGAUUGCUGGAACACUUCUGAGGAUGAGGAGAGUAGCAUGGGUGGUGAAAGGUCGGAGAUUGGCCAAAAAGGUGGUGGAAAGUUGUGUCAUCUGCAGGAAAGCACGGGCAAAGAAAUGCAAGCAGAUCAUGAGUGAUCUCCCACCUGAAAGAACUGGACCAGCUGCACCCUUUGAGUUUGUUACGGUAGAUCUAUUCGGCCCUUUUGAAGUGAAGGAUGAAGUGAAGAAAAGGGUGAAGUUGAAGGUUUGGGGCAUCGUGUAUUGCUGCAUGGCUUCAAGGGCUGUUCACACGGAUGUUGUAAGCGAUCAAUCCACUGAAAGUUUCUUGUUGUCAUACAAGAGGUUCACUGCUUUGAGAGGACAUCCCACAAAAGUGUGGUCAGACUUAGGUUCGAACUUUGUGGGAGCACAGUCAGCCCUGAAAGAUCUGUAUGAAUUCUUGGAGCGAGUAAAGAAACCAGAAUUUGAAGAGGAAGCUGGGAAACAUGGAACUGAGUGGGUUUGGAAGUUUCAUCCAGCUAACUCACCCCACAGGAAUGGAGCGGCUGAAGCUGCUGUUCGUGUUGUGAAAAGAGCUCUUCUCAAUCUAGGAGGCAAUGGCAUCUUCACCUGGGGGGAAUUCCAGACUUUUCUGUAUAUGGCAGCAAAUCUUGUAAAUGAGAGGCCGAUAGAUGCACGAACUCAAAGUCGUGAGUAUUGUUUGGAAUAUGUCACACCGAACUCCCUGUUGCUGGGAAGAGCAAGCCCAAGAGGAGAUCCUGGCGAUUUCGAUUUUGCAGGAUACCCAUACAGGAGGUUACGGGUUAUCCAAGGAGAAAUUAACAAGUUCUGGGAAAGAUGGAGCCAGUUGGCAGGACCAAACCUGUUUGUAAGGAGUAAAUGGCACACAAGGGAAAGGAAUGUUACCGAAGGGGACAUUGUCUGGAUUGCAGACCAGAAUGCUCUUAGAAGUCAAUACAAAUUAGGAAGAGUCACCAAGGCAAAUGCUGAUCCUAAAGGUAUUGUGAGAGAUGUGGAAGUAAGAGUUUCCUCAAGUCACCCAGUUUUUUGUUCAGGACCAGAGAAAUCGGUAACGAGGAAAAUUACCAAAUGGGAAGUCACUAAAAUUCCAUCAACCAUCAUUCGUAGGGAUGUUCGGCGAUUAGUUGUUUUGCUCCCAGUGGAACAACAGUACAAGGACUUGGAAGGAAAGUAGUAGGUGUGACCUCUUGGAUUCAAGAAUCAAGAAGGUCAAGUGGGAGGUGUGAAGUCAAACAUGUAAUUUAUUAUUACUUGAGAAAUUACUGAAGAGAAUUCUCUUUCGGUUUCGCCGAAUUGACGGUCAUAGAUGGUGUUACGGAAAGGCACGAAGAGCGCCGUCUUCCGGGUGACGUCAUCCGGCAUCUGUCGGAAAAAGCCGAACCCUAAUUACGAGCGCACCUGAUAAAGAUUGAUUCCUCAGAGCGCAUUAGAGACCAAGCACAGGCAAAAACAAGAGAAAUGAGAACAAUGCUUGUCGCUUGCAGGCUUUUCCAGCUUCCCUCCUACAAAAUGGGGAAAACUUUGUAACUGGAAGUUAUGAGGUAUGAGAGAGAAAUACAACGCAAAUCGGAUGUGCAUCAGUGAUUAAUCAACCCGAGACGCUGCUGGUUAUCAACCUAGUUUGAGCUUGAAGCCUUCUAUCAAAGAAUUUACUGUUUGAAGAUAAUCUGACUGCAAAUGAAGCUCAUCUGUUCCAAUGUAUUGUGACAUGAAUGAAAAGAAGAGACUGCAAGUUAAGAUUGUAACAACUUUAAUGAAGAGUGAAAGUAAAAGCCAUCUUUGAGAUGAUUCCUGUGUCCGUGGUUGACUAAGCAUUUUUCAAGUUUAAAGCAGAACUGAUGUGUGAAAUCCCCCCAGAAACUUGACAAUGCGUUUACAU